CAUAACCCAACUCUUUCCCAGCCUUGCGCAGAUGGCCAAAGUGUCCAAAUGGGAGCCUGAAUGUGUUCAAACGGGCGGCAUGAGACGGGGUGAUAGUUCAUUAGUCAUUUAAGCCACAGAUGACCUCUAGAUUCAUUUUAAUAAAUAGUUAAAGUUAGAUCACCUAGGGAAAAAAACAGUUAUAUGCCGGUCUGUGCGCGCGCUCCACGCUUGCGCUGGUGAUGCCAUGCCGCGCAGUCACACCGGCGACGAGAGCAGCGGCACCGGGAUCUGGCUGCAGACCUCUGCUGGGAGCCGGACGCUGGAGCACCCGAUGAAAGAUGUGGAGUCCGGACGGAGGAAAAUGAAUAACGCGGUGAGGGCGGGGGACGGUCUGCUGUCUCCCCCCGCAGCAGGUGCGGCGGCAGCGGCGGCGGAGAGGAACCAGGGCGCCCGGCUCAGCCUGCUGGGGAAGCCGCUGACCUACAGCUCUCAGAGCUGCCGCAGGAACGCGCGCUACCGGCGGCUCCAGAAUUACCUGUACAAUGUUCUGGAGAGACCCAGGGAGUGGGCUUUUAUCUACCACGCUUUUGUUUUUAUCCUGGUGUUUGGCUGUCUGGUCCUCUCUGUGUAUUCCACCAUCCCUGCUCACCAGGAAUUCUCCUCUCACUGCCUGCUCAUCCUGGAGUUUGUGAUGAUUGUAGUAUUUGGCCUUGAGUACAUCAUCAGGAUAUGGAGUGCUGGCUGCUGCUGUCGGUACCGAGGCUGGCAGGGACGCCUCCGCUUUGCCAGGAAACCCUUCUGUGUAAUAGACAUCAUCGUACUUAUCACCUCGGUUGCUGUGGUUUCAGCUGGUAGCCAGGGCAACGUCUUUGCCACCUCUGCGCUGCGUAGCCUUCGCUUCCUUCAGAUCCUGCGCAUGGUGCGCAUGGACCGCAGGGGAGGGACCUGGAAACUGCUGGGAUCUGUAGUUUAUGCACAUAGCAAGGAGCUGGUGACUGCUUGGUAUAUAGGGUUCCUCGUGCUUAUCUUCUCCUCCUUCUUGGUUUAUCUGGUGGAGAAAGAGUUUAACAAGGAGUUUGACACGUAUGCUGAUGCGCUGUGGUGGGGGACGAUUACCUUAACAACUAUUGGCUAUGGUGAUAAGACCCCGCAGACGUGGACUGGACGGUUGUUGUCGGCUGGUUUUGCUCUGCUUGGGAUCUCCUUCUUUGCCCUGCCAGCUGGCAUCCUGGGUUCGGGUUUUGCACUGAAGGUGCAGGAGCAGCAUCGGCAGAAGCACUUUGAAAAACGUCGGAAUCCAGCCGCCAGCCUUAUACAGUGUGUCUGGCGUAGUUAUGCUGCUGAUGAGAACUCGGUUUCUAUUGCUACCUGGAAGCCUCAUUUGAAGGCGUUGCAUACCUGCAGCCCUGCCAAGAAAGAGCAGGGAGAGACUACCUCCAGUCAAAAACUGAGUUUCAAGGAGCGAGUCCGAAUGGCGAGUCCUCGUGGUCAAAGCAUGAAGAGUAGGCAGACAUCCAUCAAUGAUCGCCAGCGCUGUUCCCCUGGCAACGAGGUGGUGGGCAGUAAUGAGCUGAUGGGCGGGAGCCCAGCCAAAGUGCAGAAAAGCUGGAGCUUCAACGAUCGGACACGUUUUAGGCCAUCGCUGAGGCUGAAGAGUCAAAAUCGCACAGCUGCUCCAGAGGUAGACACAGGCAUGACCACAGAUGAUUCCUUUGAUGAGAAAGGUUGCCAUUGUGACGUAACUGUUGAGGAUCUUUCCGCUCCCUUGAAGGUUGUCAUCAGAGCUGUCAGGAUCAUGAAAUUUCAUGUUGCUAAGAAGAAGUUUAAGGAGACUCUGCGUCCAUAUGAUGUGAAGGAUGUUAUUGAGCAGUAUUCUGCUGGACACCUGGACAUGCUCUGCCGCAUCAAGAGCCUUCAGACAAGACUGGAUUCAGUAGUGGGCCCCCCUCCAAGGCCAUUAAGAGGCCGUGUCAAGACGUUUUCUUCUCCCUCUCUGCAUUUAAGUUACAGCCAGACCCGGAGGAAGCAGUCAGCUGCUGGGGUGGAUCAGAUUUUGGGAAAAGGGCAGAUUGCUGUGGAUAAGAAACCAAGAGACAAACUGCACCACGAUGGAGACUCUUUGGAGGGCAUGAGUAUGCUUGGACGCGUGUGUAAAGUAGAACGACAGGUUUCCUCUAUCGAAACCAAGUUGGAUUCUUUGCUUGACGUUUACCGCCAAGUUCUACAGAAAGGUCCCUCAGGGCUCUCCCUCUCCUCUCUGCCUCUGUUUGAGCUGGAUAAUCACCAGCACCACAACCUAGACUACCCAUCCUCCCCCCAGAGGGGCGAUAACGUUAGAGUUCGAGGAGACAAUGGAGGCGGCGGGAUACACCGUUCACAUAGCGCCAACCCAAGAGGCUUGCGGCUCAUCCUGCCACCCGCUGACGAUGACGGCCCUCCGGACUCUGCGCCUCCAUCUUACCCACCCUCCACCGCCUCUCUGUCCCCUUCCCCUCUGCUACCCCCAGACAGCCCUUACCCAACCCUCAACACCCCUUCCAAAAAGCCCCACUUUCCAGAUCUACCACCUCCACCAUCAUCAAGUGGGAGUUUUACCCUCCAGCUUCCCCCUGUGGUACACCCAUCAAACCUCCGAUGCCCCGCCGAACCAGUCUCAGAUCAUUUGAGAGAUGAAGUAGGAGCAGAUGAGCAAAGUCUGGGCCCUACUGUUGUUGUAGGAUGUAGUGCUGAGGAUGAUGCUGAUGGGGGCAGGGAGGCAGAGUUUGCUCCAGGUAAGGUGCAGCUGCGCAAGAAGUCCGGCCUGAAAUCCGAAGGAGUCUGGAGAAGGCAUUUGAGCCUUGAGGUUAACCCCUGGCUGCUGCUCUCAUCUAACUCAGAAAGGAGGUCUGCAGACUGGGCCGGCAGUCUAGGGAAAUCCCUCUCUGCGCAAAAUAUCAACCAGCCUUUAACCAAACGUGCCCCCGGCCUCUCCUCCGCACUCAACAACAGCAGCAGUAGCAGCAACGACAGCGAGCGCGGGAACGGCCAUAGCGACCUCAGCAACUGGGACGGAACAGAGCUCUUCAUUAGUGAGCGUAAGCCGACAGCUUAUAACUUUCUGUCCCAAGGACCGGACAGCAGCCAGUCUGACAUUUUACAAACAGAAGAGGAGGAUGUACCUCUUUCAAAGGGAAACUCUGAGUUCCUCAGUCAAUCUUCACACUUACAGUUGGUGUGAGCACAAACGGCAAACUGUAUGUAUACACAUACUGUGGCCAACGCCACUUUUAAAGAUAUUUAUAUAGGGCACCAUGCAGAUGCUCUGAAUUUUGAAUUUAUACAUCUACAAACAAUGUUUUUUUUUUUGUAGACCUUGUGUUACAUGAUUAUGAUCAUUUACAUACCAGUUAUAUCCACCAACACACUUUUAUAUGGCACCUAAAUGUUUGCAUCCAGUAGGAUAAAAGAAUGUGCGACUGUGAAUGCCAACAGCUGUGUUUAUGUUACACACAUACACACAGAUAAGUUAUUUUUUGUUAAAAUAAGUGCAUUUGUUCUUGGAUUGAGGAGGUAAAAAAGACAUUUUACCAAUGGAAAAAGACAAUUAAUACUUAAAAUAAGAAAAAAUAAUUGCAUUGUCUUACUUCAAGUGCAUAUUAUCUAAUUAUCUUAUUUUAAGAAAUAAACUACUCGUUCCAUUGGUAAUCUAUCUCAUUUACAUCCUCAAAUUAAGGGUAAAUACAAUUAAUUUAAGAAAUUUUUACUUAUUUCUAGAUUGUUUUUCCAGCGCAAAAAAGGACAAAAAUUAUAUUCAGCACCUUGCAAAAUUAUAGACACUCCUUGGACCUGUAUGUGUCUGUUUCAAAUGCUUGUCAACCAAAUGUUAAUAUCAGACAUAGAGUAAAUUCAAAAAGUCACAUUUAGAUUUCAUAAGGUAAAAAAAAGCUAUCCUUUAUGAAAGUUUAACUUAAACCAGCACUGCUUGUUCUGACCCAAAAGCAACUUCCAUUGAGCAUCUGUAUCAAUAAUUUUUGCUGUGAAAGAAUUCAGUUUGUUUUGUUUUUCCCGAAAUAUUUUAAUUCAGCCACAUUUGAGAGUUUCAAUGUUUAAGCUCAUGGUAAAGCUUUUUAGUUGGAUUUAAGUCCAGAGAUUCUUUUUGUUUUGUCGUUUCAUUCAGAAAUCAACUUCCUGGUGUGCUUUGAAUCACCAAUCUUGGAGCUUUUCUGUUGCUUAAUUUGGUGAUGCUUAAGCAAACAAACCAAGAGCCGGACAAUUCAAGUCCCAGAGCACCAGCCUACCACUACCAUGUUCAACUGUCUGUAAGAUGUUCUUUUUUUUUUUAACAGUCUGUUUUGUUAUUGGUUCUUUUGGGACCUCCUAGAUGAGCUGUUGAUUCACUCUUUGAGUGAAAUCAAUAAACUAAGCCCCCCUGAGAAGGUUCACUGCUCUUACCAUCAUUUAAUGGAUUUUAUUAUUGUUCACUAGAGUCCCAGAGUCUUACAGUAGAAGUUGUUUUGUAACCCUUUCCAGUCUGGUAGGUUUCACGUCUAUUCUUACAAUUCUAUAGAUGGGGACCUAAAGUGUUACUCUUUGAAUACUCUAAACAUAUUUCAUCCAGUCAAACAGGUUCUAUGUUAGUUAUUUCUGUAGGUCAAGGAGCAAUCAGCUCUGGUGGUUUGGAUUUUUUCCACAAAAAACGUUAUUAACCACACAGCUUAUUUGGCUGGAAUAGCUUUUCUCACAUAUUCAUUGAAGUCAUUGUUUUGUAUUUACCCUUACAAUCUUUGUCUGACAUGAUUUUUUUGUUCAAUUUGAAACAUUUUUAUGGUGGUAAAAAAAAAAAUCUAUUAAAAGAGGAAGCAGCCUUAUCCUCUGACCAUCUUCCACACCUCUGCUGGGGAAAAUAAUCUCUGCAAUAUUCUGGCACAAUUAGUAUGUCUUUGGGGUGAUGAGCGCCAUGCACGUCAGAGCAUGUCAGAAACUUCUUAAUUUCAUCAUCAUGUAAAUUUUCAGUAAAAUGCAUUGAUGUUUAUGGUUAUUGUGUGAAAAAAAACUGUGAAAGAGUUAAAGGGAUGUGAAUACUUAUGCAAGGCACCUGACCUAGGAAUCUUUCAGAAGAAAAUGCACUCCCCCCCCCCCCUUUUUUUCUAUCAUAAUCUUACAAAAUAAGGAUUUAAGUUUUGAAAAAAAUCUGCUUCUCUUGAGGUGAGAAAAAUGACAGUAUAGAUGAUGUAAGUAAAUUAUGUGGCUCUUCACGUGUGAAUAUUUAACUUUUUUAAUUAAUCAAUUUGGACCUCAACUUAAACAAAAAUGCAUGAUUUUUUUCAGUUGAAGGAGAGAAAAAGAGACAACUUAAAUAUAAAAAUAAAUUAAAAAAAACUGGGUCUGCUUGAGACAAUGUUCACCCUUAAAACUAGUGAUGAACAGAUACAAGUAUAACCAGUAAUCACGAGCACUAAAUAUGGUAGAUGAGCCAACUAGAACAAAAACUCAGACUCACUUUGUUUUGUAUAAUUGAUCAAUUUGAUCAUUUUUCUUUAGGAAAAGACAAACCAUGUUCUUUUCAUUGAUUGUUUGUCUUUAGUAUUAAAUCUCUUAAUUUCUUUCCGUACACAUAUCACUUCCUUUAACACACAUGUUAUCAGAAAUAUACCCUGAGAUGCAUUAAUUAUAUAAUAGUGAGACGAUAUUCUACAGCUGCUUCAAGUCCCAAUGACCUCCUCCUGUGUUUGCAUCUGGUGAAUCAUGUGCUAAUAAUUUUGAUGCUGAUUUAGCAAAGACCUCCACAAUCAUGCAUGAGAAGCUGCAUGUUUGCAGCUGUUAAUAUUAUUCAAAGACACAGUUACAAGAUACAGUAUGUUUCUGCACAGUUAAGUGUUUCCCCAAAGCCUUAAAGCUAAACAUACAUACUCAUUUUUUCCUGUUUGAGCAUUUUUUUUUUUUUGUUCUAAUUUGGAAUAUUUUGACACUGUAUAAUUUUAUUGACAGCUUACUACAUCAACACAAGUGCAUACAACACAUCACUGGGAUCUGUGUUUCUUUUUCCUGCCAAAGACAGAGUAAAAAGCUGCUGUGCUGAUGAAAGCUUCAGUUUAAACAACAAGUGAAGGAGGUGUGUUGUUGGGAAGAAUGUGCUGUUUUUAAUGCUACAUGCAUAUUUUGUGUUUACUCUCUACCCUAAUUUUAUAUUUUUUAAUUGCAAGCGUUCAACAGUAAAAUUG